AAUCGUGCCGGGCGCCGCGGCCGCCGCGCGCUGACGCCCGACCGAACGCCACGAGCGUCGCCUGGCCCCGGCCGGCUUCCCGGCCGACCACUGUGCCCUUCCGUGACGCGCCGUGACGACUCGCGGCCGCGCGCCGCCGCAACACCUUCUGGCAUGACUAGUCGCGCACGCCCGCUGUCGCUGUCCCUGUCGCUGCCGCCGCCGCCGUGCUGCUACUCGUCAGUGCGCCGGUGAUCGCCAUGGUGAAACCCGUGACGCCAUAUGCGACGUUCCUGUUGACGAUCGGCGCACUCACCAUGUUCGCCUCUGCCAAAGAUAUUCCGCUGAUUGACGUGACGGUGGUGGCCGGCGAGUCGGCGCGCCUGCCGUGCAACAUAUCCACCAGCGACAUCGGAGACACGGUGCUACUAGUGUUGUGGUACCGAGAGGACCUCGGCACACCAAUCUACAGCGUGGACGCCCGGGAGCGCGACUUCUCGCAGGCGGAGCUGUGGUCGGAUGAGCGCGAGCUGGGCCGGCGAGCCUACUUUGUUCGCUCCGGGCAGACGGCGGCUCUGGCGUUGGACCAGACGCUGCCGCGAGACCAGGCCACAUACCGCUGCCGCGUCGACUUCCGCAUCGCGCAGACGCGCAACACGCGCGUCAACCUCACCGUCAUCGAACCGCCAACGCAUCUGGUGAUCCAGGAUGAGGCGGGAAACAAUCGAACAUCGGUCGUCGGACCAUACACCGAGGGAGACAGCCCUUUUCUCUAUUGUGACGUCUAUGGCGGACGGCCCCGGCCGACGGUGGAGUGGUACCGGGACGACCGGCUGGUGACGAACAAGUCGGUGCAGGUGCCGGGCGGGCAGCUGCGCGCCGAGAUGGCGCUGCGGGCCCUGGGCCGGCAAGACCUGCGCUCCAGCCUGCGCUGCCGCGCCUACAACAACCACCGCCGGCCGGCGCUCGAGAGCACUGUCGUCGUCGACAUGAACCUGCGACCCCUGGAUGUGCGGCUGCUGGGUGUGGGGCAGCCGCUGUCUGCUGGCCGCCGCUACGACCUGCUGUGCCAGUCCUCCGGGUCGCGGCCGCCCGCCAAAAUCACCUGGUGGCUCGAUGGUGCCCGGCUCGACGGCUCAAAAGAGACGCUGUCCGCCGACGGCAACACGACGACGAGCACGCUGUCGUUCGCGGCGAGCGUCGACGACGCCGACAAGCGGCUAGCCUGCCGCGCUGAGAACAGCGCCGUCUCCAGCGAAGCCCUGGAGGACGGCGCGCGCCUGCAGAUACACUAUGUUCCCGUGACGACGCUGAAGCUGGGGACGUCGCUGCGGCCCGAGAGCAUCCGCGAAGGCUCCGACGUCUACUUCGACUGCCACGUGAAGGCGCAGCCGCCCGUCACGCGCGUCGAGUGGAGGCACAACGGCCGUCCGCUGGGGCCGAGCGCUUCGCGCGGCGCCGGUGUCAUCCUCAGCAACCAGAGCCUGGUGCUGCAGUCGGUGGGCCGCGCCAGUGGCGGCAACUACUCCUGCGUCGGCGUCAACUCCGAGGGCGCCGGCGAGAGCAAGCCCUUCCACCUGGACGUGCUCUACGCGCCCACGUGCAAGCCGAACCAGAGCCGCGUGAUCGGCGUGGCCAAGAACGAGCGCGCCAACAUCUCGUGCGAGGUGGAGGCGAACCCGGCGGACGUGUCCUUCCAGUGGGCGUUCAACAACUCUGCGGACAGCCAGGACGUGGCGCCGUCGCGCAUCUCGCUGGCCGGCUCGGUCAGCUACGUCACGUACACGCCCGUCACGGAACUCGACUACGGCACGCUGCUCUGCUGGGCGCGCAACCGCGUGGGCCGCCAGCGCUCGCCCUGCGUCUUCCACAUCGUCGCCGCCGGUCGGCCUGACCCCGUGCACAACUGCUCGGUGGUCAACGCGUCCACGGACUCGCUGUCGGUGCGCUGCUCCGAGGGCUUCAACGGCGGCCUGCCGCAGUCCUUCCAGAUCGAGGUGCGCGAGGCUCAGUCGCAGCACCUGCGGGCCAACGUGUCGUCAGCGACGCCCGCCUUCAGCGUGGGCGGCCUGAGACCCGGCGAGCGCUACCAGGCAUCCGUGUACGCGCACAACCCCAAGGGCCGCAGCGACCCCUUCGUCAUCACCGCGGCCACCGUGCCCGCGCCUGAGCGGCAGCUCACUGCCAGCCACCAAGAGCGGCCGCGCGGCUCGCUGCUGACUCCGGCGCUGAGCGUGGUGGCGGGCGUGGCGGCGGCUCUGCUGGUGGUGUCGCUGGUGACGGCGACGUUGGUGCGCAUGCUGUGUCGGCGGCGCGCCCGCAGGCAACGACAGCGCCGCAAGCGCAACGACGCCGCCGACGCGCAGGCGGCGCCCAGCCCCGACAAGAGCGCCGCGCUGCCCGCCGCCGCCGCCAAGGGCGACCCCGCCGCCGCCGUCGUGGCCGCCGCGCUGGGCGGCCCGGGCUACGACGGCGACGACAAGAACCCCGACGUCAUCCCCCAGCCUGCCGCAGUGGAACACGACGAGCACGCUGACUUCCUGGCAUCCUGUCACCAAAACAUAUCAACGAUUGAAGGCUCCUCGACGGGUGUGAUGUCGCCGAGCCGCGGCCGGCUGCAGAAGCAGCCGCAGAGGGCCGUCACGGGGCCGGGACCAGGUGGCGGUGGGCCCUACGGCAGCUACUGUACGCUACGCAACGGCCUGCCGCUCAGGGAGCUGGCCCCGGUCAGCCCGCCGAUGAUGCACUCUGGAGUCGAGCAAGACUUGCACACGUCAGCACAGACGACGGGCGCGUCGCUAGAGCACGUGGGCACGCCGGUCGGCGUGAUGGCGCACAUGUCUUCUGCGACGCUGCCUCGCCACUGGCAGUCGCCGGGGGCGGUGCCGACGCCGGCGUCGUCGGUGGUGGCGACGCCUGCCGGCUACCCCGUGCCUCCGCGGCGCCACCUCUACUCCAGCCCCGUCCACCUGCUGACCUCAGAGCAGCUCACUGCGGCAGGGCCGGUGGCCAACAAGCGCGAGAGCACCGUCUGACCGGAGGCCGAGCUCUGAGGCCCGGGCCCGGGCGACGCGGGGGCGGACCGGGGGCGGCGUCGCUCCCGCGCCGGCGCCACCUCCAGCAGGAGGCUGCGACCCGCCAACCCGCGCUCGCCACGCCAGCUCCCCGCCGACCUGGACCCCGACAUCGCCGACGUUGCUCUCUGAUGACGCUGCACCACAAGUGUAUCCUCAGGGAUGAUGUAGCUGUGCAGUGAAUACAUAGCCCUGCAAUACCUGAAACAGUGGACUAAAUAGUUAUACCGAUCCGCUAGGUCUGAACUGAGAACCAGCAGAUAUCGCAAAUACGAAUUAGGGGCUACAGCCCAUGCGUCCCAGGGUAACAGUGAAGCGACGUCUAAAACACUGGACGAUAAAAAUUCAGGAAAGGACAUCGCCAAUUUGGGUAAAAGAAUUAAUCCAUGUUAAUAUCACAACUAAAAUUCGUAAAUACAAUCAUACCUUGUAUAUAACAGCAGACACACUGAGUGAUGCUUGCAACACUCAGAAAUCGUGUCUAUAAGGUUUCCCAUUUUUCAUGAAUACAUACAUCUGACCAUGCUGCAGUUCCCAAACAUGCCUUCGUUAGUGCGAAGAGCCGCCGUUAAUGAACGAACAUGCGUAUGGGCCUACCACCGGCAAAGAAAACACGGCGGGUAGCUAAGGCACGAGGAAAUGGGAGGUCUAGUGGCGAGUAAGUUAUUCACGUGGCGCCUGAGGCAUCUGCGAUGUCGCAAGUGGGCAGAGCCGAUUAAAGGCGGCCCCAGUACUUGCGUCAUCUCCAGUAACAAUUGCCAACUCAUGCAGUUAUUCACCUUCCCUUUCUUCCACUGCAGCCGAGUGAGAACCACGCGGCCCAACCCAAGGGAUUUCUGUCAUCUACAUUCUACACUCCAUAAAUAAUACUUGCUUCUGAGCUUACCGGCCGACAGGAUACAACAAAAUACACACGGAAAGAUACAUCAUUAUCAGAAGCAGUCGUUUAGAUGCCCAGAUUUUCGAGUCUCACCGAGCAGAUGAGGGCUGGUACCUUAAGCCAACAGGACAUGCAGCCCACGGCAUUAGCCUAAUUCUGCGUAGCCUGUCUGGUGGGAUAUUAGCAUCAAUGUGAGUGUACGCUCCCACAUGGACUCCUAUGCAACGCGAGGUGCAGAGCAUGAGGAGUGUUGCUGCUGUCACGUAUUUUACUGGUCUGUUUUAUUCCACGCCAUAGGAUGACUGCAGUCUUGAAAUUUGAGAUGUUGAGUUUGUAGCCAGUCGCCAUUCUGGCAUAACGAGGAUGGACGAAUACGUAGGUUUAUGCUCAGGUUUCUCUCCUGAUUGCGGGGAACUAUGAUUCUUGAGGCUACAAGUAUGCAAAAACCUAUUUUACAUCUUUAUUUUCUUGUAACGUAACGAUGAAGAAAGUUCUUGCUGAUUUAAGUUGAAACAAAAUGGAUUAUCAGGUACCUUGGCCCCUAUUUUCUCAACAUUAGGAUCCAUAAUAUGAGUUCCACAACACUUCAUUCCAGUUCUGCAGCAUCGAAUAUACGCACAUCGACGAUAGGAAGCCCGGUAUCAUUUACUUAUUAUGGUACCGCCACUGAUGCACGGAAUCUGCAGAUGUUGUUGAGUGGAAUUAAAGUGUAUCUUGAAGUCACGUUUAGGUAAAUUCAGGAGAUAUUUUCGAGGAACUAUCUCGACGCGACGCUGUUAUACUCUGAAUGGUGUUAUGUGCCCUCACUUCGGCGAUUUGUUAGUUACGAGUCAUCAAAAGUAAAAAUACCGAUUAUUCACUCACGGGCUUGCCGUUAGCUCUCAGAUUUUGCAUAUUUGUAAUCCUUACAGCAAUAUCCAGUGCUGGAGCAAGAGCUUUCUUGGAAUCGCGAUUGCAACUUGUGUAAAAUUCUUUCGUCAGAGGAAAACGCACUGCUUACAGUAAAGGAAACCAAUACAAUAUUACCGUAGCCCUUUUUUAUAUUAGUUGUUUUUUUGCAGUUAUAUCUGAAAAAGCUGUAUAGAAAAUGAACACAGAAAUUCAUUCAGUUUCACUUUGUUAAUCGAGCAUGCAGUUUUUUAGUAAUUAUCGAAACUGAAAUUUGCAAUAACAAGACAGAUUCAUAUACUUUCUCUAUAUCUCUGUUAAGCUCUAAAUUCUUGUCGGAACUACCCAACCCAGUUGUCUUACACCGCGAUCCUGCGGCUAUUCAUGAGACAGCUUGCUUUUUCCCCGCUGUCAGUACACGAGAAGGUACUACAUACUUUGCUCAUUAAAGUCAAAACAAGUGUAUGAUUUACACUAACAUUUAAAAUUUUGAGCAACAUACAUCUGCAACGACGGUACUGUUGAAAUAAUAUUCUGACAAGAGAAAAUAAAAAUGACUGCCCUGUAAGUCCACAAAAACUUUGUAUAUAGCUUCUGGUUUUCGAAUCCCCCAAUGACGAGUAAAUUCGCUCGUAAGAAAUUGUGAAACAAUGCUUGAACAGAAACAUGUCAAAUCUUAAUAGAAACAGGGUAAUUUCAGCUGCUGACAAUGAAUAUAAAAUGAUAACAAACGUUUGUGAUCACCAAUCUUUACUGUAAGUAUAUACGUGAGACUGCACUUGAUUUUCCCGUAAAUUUAUGGACAUUUGAAGUUUGGCGCGUUAGCAUUUUCAUUGUCGUGGAGAACGGAUGAUACAUCACAAAUCUAAGGAAACAACUCAUUUUUAAAUGUGAGAACAGGUUGUGUGUAACUACCCUUCGUACAGUGUGUGCAACAAUGAUAUCUCAGACGUUACCAGUGACGGACAAUGAAUGAACUGAAAUAAUUUUUUGAGAAACAGUCAAGUGCCCUUUUGUAAACUACUCAUAUUUGUGAAUGAACUGUUUUUGUAUCCUGUUCUUUGUGGUAUAACAAUACUUUUUCGGUGUUUGUAUAUAUGGUAAAUCAAAUUGUUCAAAACUCAAGGAAGAGGAUACGAACUCGUUACUGAACAUACUAAUAAAUGUUUAAAAUAUCUUUAAAGAACAUGACAUGUAAGAAAAACACUUUGUGUAUUUUUGUUACUCCUUACAAUUAAACAACUGUUUCUUUGCACAUUUCCCUCAAUGGUAUCUAUGUAAUCACUUUUUACUUAAUUAUCUAU